AUGGGCGAAUUCUACAUGAGCGCCGUGCACGCUACCGUAACCCAACGGCAGAUGAUAGGGAUGGCAUACGGUCUCGGGGUUACGGUAGCCAUUAUUGCAAAUAUGUUGCUGUGGACCGUGCUGAAGGGAAUUGGCGCAAAACGUGACCACACUUUCCAAGGGUCAUUCUUCCGCCUCGCCCGCCAUUUGAUUAUUUGCAAUAUGGCCAGCGCCAUAAUCCAGUCGAUUGUCGCCAUUCCGUAUACGGUAACUGGCCAACGGAUCUACGCGACACGACCAUACCUAUUCGUGAUGUAUCGGCUGUGCUGUUUCAUCGAAUUUGUCUGCUAUAUGGUAGAAUUUAAUACUAACCUGCAAGCGUCAUUAUGGAUUGUGCCGUUCGGCCAGGCGGCCCUUCACAGUCUCUUCGAGUGCACCAAGGAGUUUUGUCAUGACAGUCUUGCAUUCUACUGGCACUGCUCGGCGGACAUCUCGACGGCCAGCCGAACCAUGGAUCAGAUCCUCCGCUGGCAAUGCAUUGUAGUGCCGGCGAUUAUCAUCGGAAUGAACUGCCUCCUCUUUGCCCAUAUUAAAAGGCUGAAACGGACCGUGGAAAGGCAAGAAUAUUUGGCCACCAGAGGCGAAGUGCUACUUUUAUAUCAG